CCCACCAUUGCUGCGAGGAGCGGGGGCUGGGGGCACACAGCUUUCAUUAACACUGGAGAUGAAGAGGUUUACAUUCCAGGCCUGAGAAGUGACAUUCCGGACUGUGGCUGACGUUCAGAAGAGGAAUGUGCAAUGGGAGGCCCUGGAGAAGGGAGCAGCAGUGACAGCACUUCCAGUAGUGGCUUCUGUGUUACACUGCCGCUCAGCAACGCCCUGCAGAAAGUAAGGAGAAUCCAGUAACCACUUCCAUGAUCCCGGAUACGUCAUCUCUGGGAGACUUGGCUGCUGCUUCCCUCUGCUCUGCUUGCCAUGCCUCCUUCCCUGGGAUCCAGCUUGGACACUUAUGAAGGAAAGGGUUUGGAUUGCGUUUUGUCAGAUAUUUCCUCUUUUUAGCUCUCCACAUGGAAAUCAUCUGAGGGUAGUGUCCUCUGAAUAAACCGGUUCCACUACAAGAACUUUGAGAACUUGUUUUGGGAAGCUUUCAGGCAGGACCCCCACCAUCAUUGUGUGACUUCUCUGUGGACGUAACUGAUCCUGGGAUCUGAAUUAGGCUUGCACCAGUGGAAAACCUUUUUUUGUGCCUUCAUUUGGACUGUUCUUUAGCGGUUAAUGAAAUACUCAGCAGCCGUUGAGCAUAUACACGGCUUUGGCAAGAGAUCUGCAGGAAGCUUCAGGCGUGGCUGUGAAUGCAUUGUCUUGGAGCCCUCCGAAAUGAUUGUGGUUGACUAUAUGGAUGAAAAUGAAGAGUAUUUCCAGAGACAAGCGUCCCAUCGGCAGUCUCGCCGGAGAUUUAGGAAGAUCAACCAGAAGGGAGAGCGACAAACAAUCAUUGAUACAGUGGAUCCUUAUCCAGUUGGAAAACCGCCAUUGCCGAGAGGCUACCACACAGAAUGCACUAAACCUCAGGUCAUCUUGCAGUCUCCAGUAAAAAGUCUUUCCCACUAUUUGCUCCCUGCUGAUUUCACCAAGCUGCACAUUACAGACAGCCUACAUCCACAGGUGACCCAGGUGUCCUCCAGUCAUUCAGGAUGUAGCAUCACUAGUGAUUCUGGGAGCAGCAGCUUGUCUGACAUCUACCAGGACGACCAAAGCACUAAUGGCAGGCUUCGUUCCUGUUCAGACCACAUGAUUCAAAGGCAGUCAGGAUGCAAGAUGUUGGAUUUCAAGGCCACAGAAAGUGAGCCCGGAGAUAUGGACCUGAGUGGGCUACCAGAGACUGCUGUGGACUCCGAAGACGAUGACGAUGAAGAGGACAUCGAGAGAGCGUCUGACCCUCUAAUGAGCAGAGACAUUGUAAGAGACUGCUUGGAGAAAGAUCCUAUUGACCGGACGGAUGAUGACAUUGAACAACUCCUGGAGUUCAUGCAUCAGCUGCCAGCUUUUGCCAACAUGACGAUGUCUGUUAGGCGUGAACUCUGCGCCGUCAUGGUGUUUGCUGUGGUGGAGCGGGCCGGGACUGUCGUCCUAAAUGAUGGAGAGGAGCUUGAUUCCUGGUCAGUCAUUUUAAAUGGCUCGGUGGAAGUGACAUAUCCUGAUGGGAGAACAGAGAUACUUUGCAUGGGUAACAGCUUUGGAGUCUCUCCAACCUUGGAGAAGGAAUACAUGAAGGGAGUGAUGAGGACCAAAGUGGAUGAUUGCCAGUUUGUUUGCAUAGCACAGCAAGACUAUUGUCGCAUCCUGAACCAGGUGGAGAAGAACAUGCAAAAAGUGGAAGAGGAAGGAGAAAUUGUGAUGGUCAAAGAGCACAGAGAGCUGGAUCGUACUGGCACCAGGAAAGGACACAUUGUCAUCAAGGGAACUGCGGAACGACUAACAAUGCAUCUUGUAGAAGAACACUCUGUGGUUGACCCAACAUACAUAGAAGAUUUCCUCCUAACCUACAGAACAUUUUUAUCAAGUCCUAUGGAAGUUGGGAAGAAGUUGUUGGAGUGGUUUAAUGACCCUAGCCUUAGGGACAAGGUGACCCGAGUAGUACUGCUUUGGGUAAACAAUCACUUUAAUGACUUUGAAGGUGACCUUGCCAUGACUCGAUUUCUAGAGGAAUUUGAAAAUAACUUGGAACGAGAGAAAAUGGGUGGACAUCUGAGGUUAUUAAAUAUUGCAUGUGCUGCCAAGGCGAAAAGAAGAUUGAUAACACUAACAAAGCCGUCUCGUGAAGCCCCUUUGCCUUUCACCCUGCUGGGCGGGUCAGACAAGGGAUUUGGUAUCUUUGUUGACAGCGUGGAUCCUGGAAGCAAGGCUGUUGAGGCUGGCUUAAAGAGAGGGGAUCAGAUAUUGGAGGUGAAUGGUCAGAACUUUGAAAACAUCCAGCUGACAAAGGCUAUGGAAAUCCUGAAAAAUAACACUCACUUGUCUAUCACUGUGAAAACCAAUCUGUUUGUCUUUAAAGAGCUUCUGGCAAGAAUGUUGGAAGAAAAGAGAAAUAGCGCCCCUCAUUUACCCAAAAUUGGCGAUAUUAAGAAGGCCAGUCGCUACUCUAUCCCUGAUCUCGCUGUUGAUGUUGAACAAGUCAUUGGACUUGAAAAAGUCAGUAAGAAGGGUAAAGCCAAUACUGUUGGAGGAAGGAAUAAGCUGAAGAAGAUUCUUGAUAAAACGAGGAUCAGCAUUUUGCCCCAGAAGCCGUACAAUGACAUUGGAAUUGGGCAUUCUCAAGAUGACAGCAUUGUUGGUCUGAGGCAAACCAAGCACAUGCCCGCCACGCUGCCAGUCAGUGGAACCCUGUCAUCCAGCAAUCCUGAUUUACUGCAGUCUCACCAUCGCAUCUUGGACUUCAACACCACCCCAGAUCUCCCCGAUCAAGUGCUGCGUGUGUUUAAGGCCGACCAACAAAGUCGCUAUAUUAUGAUAAGCAAAGACACCACCGCAAAGGAGGUGGUAAUCCAGGCUAUCAGGGAGUUUGCCCUGACUGCUGUGGCGGAUGCUUACUCUUUGUGUGAAGUGUCCGUAACGCCUGAAGGGGUCAUCAAGCAGAGGCGACUCCCAGACCAGCUCUCUAAGCUCGCAGACAGAAUACAGCUCAGCGGCAGGUAUUAUCUGAAAAACAACAUGGAGACAGAAACGCUAUGUUCAGAUGAAGAUGCCCAGGACUUGCUAAGGGAAAGUCAGCUUUCUUUGCUUCAGUUAAGUACUAUCGAGGUGGCAACUCAGUUGUCAAUGAGGAAUUUUGAGCUUUUCCGGAACAUUGAGCCAACGGAGUACAUCGAUGACCUUUUCAAGUUUAAGUCAAAAACUGGUUGUGUGAACCUCAAGAACUUUGAAGAUGUGAUUAACCAAGAAACCUUUUGGGUGGCAACUGAAAUUUUAAGGGAGACUAACCAGCUUAAGAGAAUGAAGAUCAUCAAACAUUUUAUCAAGAUUGCACUGCACUGCAGAGAGUGCAAGAAUUUCAACUCUAUGUUUGCAAUUAUUAGUGGCUUAAAUUUGGCUGCAGUCUCAAGACUGAGAACAACGUGGGAAAAACUUCCUAGUAAAUAUGAAAAACUUUUUCAAGAUCUGCAAGACCUCUUUGACCCAUCAAGGAAUAUGGCGAAAUAUCGGAAUGUACUGAACAGCCAGAACCUACAACCUCCCAUCAUCCCUCUGUUUCCUGUCAUUAAGAAAGACCUAACGUUCCUACAUGAAGGCAAUGACUCAAAAGUGGAAGGGCUUGUAAACUUUGAGAAACUAAGGAUGAUUGCAAAGGAAAUUCGCCAUGUUGGUAGAAUGGCCUCUGUAAACAUGGACCCGGCUCUGAUGUUCCGCACAAGGAAGAAGAAGUGGAGAAGUUUGGGGUCGCUCAGUCAAGGUAGCACCAACGCAGCUGUCCUUGAUGUGGCACAGACUGGCGGUCACAAAAAGCGAGUACGACGCAGCUCUUUCCUAAAUGCCAAGAAGCUGUAUGAGGAUGCCCAGAUGGCUCGCAAAGUAAAGCAGUACUUGUCCGAUCUGGAUCUUGAAAUGGAUGAAGAGAAUCUACAGACGUUAUCAGUGCAGUGCGAGCCAGCAACCAAUACAUUGCCAAAAACACCUUGUGACAAGAGAUCAGUGAAAUCGGACACAUCACCAGUAGCACCACGGGCAGCGACGCAGCAGAAACAGCAACAGACAUUAAAGCCAAAUCAGGCAUUGCAGGUGCCCGCUGUGUCUCUCUAUCCUUCUAGAAAGAAGGUGCCAGUCAAGGAUCUUCCUCCCUUCGGCAUCAACUCACCACAAGCGUUAAAGAAAAUUCUCUCGUUAUCAGAAGAAGGAAGCUUAGACCGACACAAGAAAGGGGCAGAUGACACGUUAUCGAAUGCUUCGUCGCAGCUCUCUUCUCCACCCACCUCUCCACAGAACUCUCCUAGAAAAGGAUACACUUUAGCAGCAAGUGGCACUGUAGAUAACUUCUCCGACUCUGGACACAGCGAGAUCUCUUCCCGCUCCAGUAUUGUUAGCAAUUCCUCAUUUGACGGCAUGCACCUCCAUGAUGAUCGACGGCAGAGGCACUCAGUGAGCCUUGUGGAGACCAAUCUAGGUGUGGGACGGCCUGACAGGAGAGCAGUGAUGGAAGUCGACCCCAGCAUAGGUCCCUAUGCACAUUUGGCAGAAAGUAGAGGCUUGUAUGCUGCAGCAACGGUUCUGUCUUCGCCCAGCAUGGAGGAGCUCUCCCAGGACCAAGGUGAUAGGGCAUCACUGGAUGCUGCGGACAGUGGACGUGGUAGUUGGACCUCUUGCUCUAGUGGAUCUCAUGACAACAUACAGACUAUACCACAUCAGAGGAGCUGGGAGACUCUUCAAUUUGGACACAUUCAUUAUGAUGGCACAUCAGAUGGAGCAGGUUAUUGGCCAUCAGGGACGCAUCUAGACCAGGCCAUUUUUCCUGAUCAUAGCACAAAGUAUGGCAGACACAAUCAGGGAAGAGAGGCUUUAGAUCAAGCACAGUCCAGAGCAAGCUGGGCAUCAUCCACUGGUUACUGGGGGGAGGACUCUGAGGGCGACACUGGCACCAUAAAGAGAAGAGGUGGAAAAGAUGUUUCUCUUGAAGCAGAAACCAGUAGCUUAACAUCCCAGAUGUCAGAGGAAGCAAAGGUUCCACCUGGGCCCACACACAUAGCCGUAACGGCGUCUUCAUCAAAGGGUCUUAUUGUGUAUUGUGUUACCACAGCACGGAAGGAAGGACGAUACAGAGAGCCACCACCAACACCACCAGGAUAUGUAGGAAUUCCUAUAACAGAGUUUGCUGAUGGACACCCACAGUUAUCUAGGAAGCCUCCAGAUUACAAUGUAGCUCUACAGCGCUCCAGAAUGAUGGCCCGAAGGAGUGAGAGUGAAGGAGCUCCAGCUACAUCUCCACCUUCUCAUAAUCAGCCUUGUAGCAAGCCGGUCAACAAGCCACAGUGGCACAAACCAAACGAGACAGACCCACGGCUUGCUGUAUAUCAGACACAAGGGGUAGCGGCAAAAGAUGAGGACGAUGAGCAAGUGUCAGCCGUAUGAGGUCAAGACCUUGUCCCGUUCUAGGAGAAGUCACCUGAAAUGGAGAGCACAAGAAGAUGCCCUAUGUAACUGGAGUCCUUGGAAGCGUUCCCUCCUCCUCUGCCUUAUAAGCAGCACUGGGCAUCUUAUAUCCUUCUGUUCUACUCCUUGGCAUGUGAAAUACUGUGAAGACCUCACCAUGGCACUUUUCGUCCUCUUCGAGCUGUGUUCCUUGAGAUAUAGACUGUGCAGGAAGCUGGGAUCUGAUGGUAGCUGGCUGAAUCUUGCACAGUAUCAUUCCAAACCUGUCAGUCACCACAUCAGCAAUGACUUCUAUUGCACUUUUUCAUGCCUGGAUGGUGUCUUUUAGUUUUUUUUUUUUUUGUUUUUUUUUUAAAUCUCAGUUUUAACUUUUAGUCCUAUCUAGCUUUGUCUACUGUUUGUAUGGCAAGCUAGUCAUGUGCUUCUUCUAUCAGCCAUUUUUAACUUCAGCUGAGAUUGCAUUUCAAUAGUCUCUGUACACAGGUUUUUUUUUAGUUGCUUUUGUUCUGUUUACAGUACUGUUACAACACGACCCCGGCGUGGGCGCUCCUUUGUCAUGGAAGGGACACGCUUUAAGUUUGGAGACCUUAUUUGUUACAUCAGGAUAUUUACAGUGUUAUUUCACACCUAAGUUAUGACUUAUUUUUUAUGUUUAUAUAGAGAUUUUUAAUUGGAAAAAAAGAACUGGAUUAUAUAAAAGUAAUGGCAGCUUGGGACAUUCAUCUGAUGCUACUAGGUGUAAUACUGAGCAGAUCGGUAGCUUUUUCAUCAUCCAUGUUAAAAACAAAAAGAAAAUCAAUCUGUUCAUCGACCAUCGUCAUUAGGCUAUCCCUAGCCAUGCAGCACAUUCAUGUCUAUGGGAUGCGGACUGUGGGAUACUGCACUUGUAGAGAAGACUAAUGUGUAGCAUUCGUCUGCUCACGGCUGCUAUUUUACACUUUCAUGACUGAAAUCGCCAUCUUCUCCCUUUGCACAGACUCCGGAUACCUGAAGGCUGCCAAUCCGAGUAAUACUCCUGUGUGAGGAAUUUAUGAUCUUGGAUUAUUAUUAUGGUUGUUGUUUUUUUUCUUUUUUUCUUUUUGAUCUAAACUGAUCAUAUUGAUCAGUGGUUAACCAUGUAUAUGUAUACAACGUAAAUCAAGGAAAAAUGACAGUGUUUUUUUUUCACUGUUUAGGAUGACAACAGUGCUUUAUUUAAUGCUUCUCUACCCUGUUAUCAUGGCUUUUGUCUACUUCCCCCUCUAUAUCACAUUGUCAGUUAUGCCUAUGUAAUUUUACAUGUAAUAUGCAUUUAUUUGCCAGCUUUUUUCUGUAGGCGAUGGACCUGCUGCGUAGAGGCAGACAAGGCGGCCAGAUCUCUCUCACAUUGCACAACAGUUCUAAGCAUCAUGUAACGGUAGAUUCUAGGACUGGUAACCUCAGUUCGCUCUGUGAUGUCAAGUGCAGAAUGUACAACUAACUGGUGAUUUCAUCAUGCUUUUGAUACUACUUGUACCUGUAUGUCUUUUAGAAAGACAUUGGUAGAGUCUGUAUCCCUUUUGUAUUUUUAAUACAAUAAUUGUACAUAUUGGUUAUAUUUUUGUUGAAAAUGGUAGAAAUGUACUAUGUUUAUGCUUCUACAUCCAGUUUGUAUGAAGCUGGAGAAUAAAUAAAUAUUAUAACAGUU